AUGAGUUAUUUGGCUUUUAUUUUUUUUACCCUUCUUUUUUUUGUAUCCAUAAAAUUUAUACUUCUCUUCCUUCAUUUUUUUCUCUUUCCUUUCUUUCGUUCUUCUAUCCUUACUUCUUUUACCAUUGCUUCCAUUAUCCUUUUUUUUUUAUUUCGAUCCCGCUUUCCACAAUUGUUUCUACCUUGUUCAUACGCUAUCCUUCGUGUUUCCUGGUUUACUGGCCUCUCUUUUUUUUCUUUCAUCCCGUUCCUUCAGUUCCUUCCGCAUCCUUUCCCUGUUUCCUUCCUUCCUUCUUUCCUUUCUUCCUCCCUUCCUUCCUUCAUUGAUUCAUUCUUUCUUUCGUUCCGCAUUUCCUCCCAUAUUAUAUUAUUCCCUUCCUUCUCUCAUUUAACUUUUAUUUCUUUAUUAACUUUUUCUGUUCCUUCUUUAUUCACUCGUUUAAAUUUUCUUCCCUUUUUUUCCGUCCGCUAUUUCUUCCUCCGUGUCUUCCUCCCCUCUUUUCUUCCCUCUGUCCUCCUUUCAUUUGCCGCUUUACUCUUUCCCUCCUCCAUUUCUUUCUUCCUUAAUUCUUUUAUUCAGUUUUUCUUUUCCCGCCUCUUACCUUUCUACCUUAUCUCAUUUCUUUUUUAUUGGUUCCGUUGCUUCUUUUUCUUUCCUUUUGAUCUUCACUUCCGGAUUGUUUUCUUUAGUUCCUUUCUUUACUCUUUUCUUCUUUCAUCUUUUUCCUCUUUCUUGUCGUUCUUUUAUUUACCCCGCCUUUCUUUCCUCCCUUACUCCUUUUCUACAAUUUGUCUUUCUUUAUUUCAUCCUCUCACCUUUCUUCACUUCCUUUUACUUCCUUUUUUUCUUUCGUUUCUCUUCCUCUUUACAUUCUUCUGGUUUUCUUCUUAUGUUUUUUUCCCCCUUCUUUUUCUCUUUUCGCUUUGUUGUUUCUUCCUUUAUUUUUGUGCCGUUGUUUUUUUACGACUUUUCACUUAUCGGAUUAGUGAAACAUUUUUUCUUUCGCAGCUAAACAAGAUUUCAGCUGAUUCCUGUCUAAAAUACGCCUGGGUAUUUCGGCUUCCAUAA